AUGAAGACAUAUGCUGCAGCCCUUGCCUUUGCGACUCUUGCACUAUCGCAAAGGACAGAUCUCCACGGCUGCGUUGGCGUAUGGUUCGUUGACACAGGAUUCGAAGACGGCGCCUGUUGCGUCGGAGGCACCCUCUCUGCGCCUUACCUCUCCACCUGUCCUGGCUGGCCUAUUUGUUCCGGGCCCGCGACAACCACGACCACAUCGCAGCCAUUAAGCUGUGCCACCGUCAUCGCCAGCGACGACAAUUACUCGAGCAACCUUGCUGCCGCAACGAGCAGCCUCGCUGCGAGCGGGACACAUUUUCAGACAACAUUGACUGCUGGUGGAACGGCUACGGGAGGACCCUCUUCGACGGCGUCCUCGGGAUCUGCCUCGUCGGACAGUGUGACUGGGACGACGGGCGUGGCUUCGGCGUCGCCGACAGGAAAUAGCGGGUCGACAAAGUCGAUGGCUGGUGCUGGAGUGACGCAGUGCGAUUUGCAGCGUCCGAAAUGUACACGUUGUCGGAAAGCCCGAAUACCUUGUAUCGGGGCUGGCGAGCAGAGGUACAAGUUUAUCAACCGUAGCCAGCAUCCACGAGAAUCUUGUCUUGCUCCGGUGGAAGGACUGCCACAAUCGUCCCGACCUUUUCCUCCCACCUUCGACUUCAGUGUCCCUCCGAGCAGUGAAAGUAGCAUUCUAGCACAGUCGUUGGUCGCGCUUCUAGCACUAAAGGACCUUCGAUACAGCAUCACGCAGCUAUGGGGACCAUUCCUCGCAGAUCUUCCCCGCCGCAUGGGAUGUAAUGAGGCCCUGGACGCCGCCACUGCCACGGUACUCGGGCUCCACGACGCCGAAACCAGAUUCGUCCGUGACAGCGCAACGCUCCGGCCGGUAUUACGACAGUAUGUUCGGGCGAUCAACGCCGUCCGUUCAAUCCUGGAUGACCCCGUCCGGGCGCAAGAGGUCGAGACGCUUUGUGCAGUCUUCCUGUUGGCCAAGACAUCAUGCUAUUUCCCAGGCCCGAUCAGCAACUUUAUCUCACCACAUGGCACGGGAGCAGUCGAAUUGCUGAAGCUGCGCGGAUUCUGUCGUGACCAGGAGCCUUUCGAAUCGAUGCUGUAUGGCAAUCUACGAUUCCAGGUCGCCCAGGAGAUGUUAUUUGACCCAGAUCCGAAAUUAAGUCGCGAUCAGUGGAAGAUGUUUGAGGCGUCCUGCCCAAACAAUCAGUUUUCGGACCAUCUUCUACGGUGCACGGUUAGGGUCGGGCGAUUCCUCACAGAAUUCAGAAGUACCGCACGGGGAAGUAUCGAGGAAGUGGCUGCGUAUUACCGAGUGACGCAGUUUCAGGAGGAAGUGGAACAAAUCACCCUUGGAAUGCAGCGAGAAGUCACUGUUAGUACCCAUGGCGGCACCGAAGAGCUGGCGCUAAAGCAGAAGUACUAUAACCGUGGACUCGUCAUCACUGCGGUGCUUUUGUGUGUUCAGCGUGCCCUGGCGCCGAAGGAGUCUCGCUUUGAUCACGAGAUCGACCUCCUUUGCUCCCGAGUAUACCAGCUAGCAGAGGAUGCUAGGGCGUAUCUCCCUCUGGGGGGCAAUUGGAUGCUCAUCGGCCUCAUGGUCAUCUGGUGUGCCGCCAAAGGCACGGCGCAUCAAUCGAGGAUUGAAAAUCUCGUUGACGGAUGGCGCAGGGACACCUUACCUGAAGAGCAUGCCAGAGUGCCCCGUGCACAGCUGGAGGAGAUGUACCAACGGCUGAGCUUCGAGGAGAGGCAGGCAUAG